GUGCUGCCAUAUCACACGAUGAUGGUUGUCAACUGCAUGUCUUAAUAUAUUGCAUCUUAUUUUUUCAAAAGUAUGGUUUUAUUAAAAUAUCAGUUCUAGACCUUGCUACAGGUUUUAAAUUCAAAUACAGUUUUUGCAUUUAAAUGUACAUUUUUAUCUUAAAUUGAAUAAAUGUGUGAAUUUUUAUUUUUUAUUUUAAUUUGACAUCUCUAUAAUUGUAAGUGGCUUUGGGCUUUCAUUUGUUUGAACCGUUGUUCAUGUACAGCAUUUGGCAGCAUUUGUUCACGUGCAGGGUCGUGUGCGUGUGUAUGCGGAACCUGUGUUCGGGAUAAGAUUGACCGGAGGAAUUUAUUUAUGUUGCGCAUGUUCACAACAUGUGCUCCUUUUUCUUGGUUAGCUGUUGGUUUUGUCUCUGCAUGUGCUCAGGGCAAUAGCAUGGAUCACAUACUUUUGUAAGUUUUUAUUUUUGCACACCGGUACUGGAUUGUCAGAGUUUAGCAGAGUUGGUAUUGUUUUGCACUCUUGGUAAAGCGGAGCGAGGUAUGUCUUUUAUUUUAUUGUGAAUUUGGUUACGAUAGCUUAAAGCUUAUCACUGUUAAGUUUUUAAUGUGUGUAGGUCAUUUGUUUGUUUUGAAUGUGUACUUUUCUUUCUUUAAUUUAAGUUUCACGGUGUUAAACGGUGAUGACUGGUGGAUGCUUCAUGUUGAAGAGUACGACUCGUGAACUGAAGAUGUGUCUCAAUAAAUGAUCUACACCCGUUUAGAGACUCUCUGUUCAUUUAUCGAUGCCAAGGGCUGCUACAGUGAAAUCCGACGCAACGCGUGGCUAAAGUAAAGGUCGUCGCUACACGCCGUGCCAGUUCAGUGAAAGUCAUCCACUACGCUGUACCAGUGCCAUUUAGCAAGGAGUAUACAACCUGUUGUCCACCACGCUAUCGUUUUGGUCACUCAGCUGCAAGGUUGAGUAUACAAAAGUUACUGUAUGUCAAGGUCAUUGUUAGCUCAUGAGGUUUAAACCCAAUUUAGCAAAUUGUCUGAUUUUACAUUAUUUUUGUGUUGAUUUCUGACAUUUUCUGUUGUUCCUACUUGCUUACUUAUGUGUUUUUCUGAUGUGUAAAUGUCUGAUGUGAGUGGUAAUAUAUAGUAAGGUUACGUUAAGGUCACCACUUCUUAAUUAGAGUUCAGACAUAGACACUUUAGGCUUCAUAGUAUAAGUACAGUGCAACAAGAUGUCGUGUGUUGACUAAUCAGACAGUUCAUCUGAAGAGAAACAACUCAGAUCCAGCUCUCGCGAACGAAAUUUAACUGAGAAGGGCCAAGAGAUGCAUGAACAGCGUGCAGCAAAAAAUGAAAGGGCAUUCCACAAAGCCUAUGAUCUUUGGAAGCAGACAGCAAAGGACAUUAGAACAAGAUUGAAAACUUUCUGCUCAGCUGAAGAACUUGAAGGAAGCCAAAGGGACAUAGGAUCUAAACAAGCCACUGUGAAACAACAUUACGAAGCCAUUCAACGCAACCAUAGUGUUACAUCAAACAUUGUUAAGAAAAUGGAUGCAUGUGUCACCUUGACUGCUGAUGUUUGUGAUCUUGUCAGUAAAAGAUUAGAGAACAUAGAAGAAGUUUUCAAUGAUCAACUUGAAAAGGAGAGAGUGAGAAUGGUACUUAAUAAGGAUGAGUACGAGUCUGUCUUUGGGAAAACAGAUACUGAAACGGUAAUCUCAGAGUUGAGAUCAGACCACUCAAAUGCCACCUCCUGGUCUUCCAACAAACAUGCAGAUGCUGAAGCAGACCUGGCUGCCAAACAAGAACAAGCAAGGGUUAUGCAGUUGCUACAUGCACAACAAGCAAGAGUUGAUCAACUGGAGAGCGAAUGGAAACUCAAAGAAACACGAAUGCUAGCAGAGAUCAAGAAAGGUGAAGCUGAAACAAAAUCAAAACUUGAGCAGGAAAAAACUAAGUUACAGCAGCUACAAGCAGACGUCGAAGUAAAGGUAGCAGCAGCUCGUGUAAGAGCAUACAAUAAUUUUGGUGGCAUUAAAGGGGGAGAAACUAAUCUUAAGUUCCUCUCCGAUUACCAAACCAAUGAACCUCCAUCUUUGUUAGACCCACAAGCUAUACCAUUCCUGCCACGUCCUACGUCACCAUCUAUGUCAGCGACUCAGGAAGAGGUCAAUCUGGCCAAGGCAAUUGCAAGCUCAUUCACUCUGAGCCGAUUACCAGUCCCAGAGCCAACAAAAUUCACUGGCGAUCCUUUAGAGUUUAUGGACUGGAAGAUAUCCUUUAAUGCCCUCAUUGGCCAUAAGGCACUCCCUGCUAAUGAAAAAUUGCUCUAUCUCAAGAGUUAUCUUGCAGGUGAAGCACGCAAAGCAGUAGAGGGAUUUUUCUACCAAAACUCGGAAGAAGCAUAUAGGAGUGCCUGGACAGUUCUUGAAGAUCGGUAUGGAAGUUCAUUCAUAGUACAAAGAGCUUUCAGAGACAAACUUCGGAAGUGGCCAAAGAUCGCAGCCAAUGACCCGAUUGCACUGAGAGAGUUUGCUGAUUUCCUUCAGGGAUGUGCUGCAGCUAUACCCUAUGUUAAAGGAUUGGCAAUUUUGAAUGAUUGUGAAGAAAAUCACAAGCUUCUUAAGAAACUUCCUGAAUGGGUGGUGCGCAGGUGGAGUCGUAUAGUCGUGGAUAAAUUAGACAAAUUUGGCGAAUAUCCAAGUUUUGCUGACUUCACAAGGUUCCUCGAAAAGGAAGCUCGAGUAGUAUGUAAUUCAGUAGCCUCUCCUUUCCUAAUUAACACCAAACCCACAGAUGAGAGAGUGCCAAAGAGAGCCAAAGCACUUAACACAAGCACUUACGUAAGAAAUCCUACUCCAGCGUUACCUGAAAGGCUAAAGCCACCUUGCUUAUGUUGUAAGGAUGAAACACAUGGUGUUGCAAGAUGUCCAACCUUUGCAGCAAAGACUGCAGAUGAGAAAAAGGCCUUCAUUUAUGAGCAUCAUCUUUGUUUCGGAUGCCUAAGAAAGGGGCACACAACCAAGGAGUGUAAAAGGCGCCACACCUGCAGCACAUGUGGUAAACGUCAUCCAACCUGUCUACACAGAGAGAGAAAUGUAAAUCCAGAGCAAACUGUAAGUAAAAAUCCCACAGCUUCAGGACAUGGAGCAAGUGAAGAAACCCACAAGGUUAUGACUCGUGUAUUGACACGGAACGUUUCUGCCACCUCUAGCAUUGUCCCUGUUUUUGUGUCAUCAACAACAGAACCUCAGAAGGAGAUUCUCACAUAUGCUCUUCUUGACACCCAAAGUGAUUCAACCUUCAUCUUGGAGGACUUAGCCUCAGAACUAAAUGUGAACAUGCAGUCAGUACAACUCAAGCUCAGUACUAUGACAGCUGUCAACUCAGUGAUAGCAAGUAAAACUGUUAGUGGUUUACAAGUUCGGGGACUGAACACCAAUGCACAUGUCAAACUGCAGCAAGCAUAUACACGAGAUUUUAUCCCAGUAGAUAGGUCUCAUAUCCCCACCAAUAGCACAGCACUUCAGUGGUCUCAUUUAAGACACCUGCAAAAUAAGUUACCCUCAUUGCAAGACUGCGAUGUAGGAUUGUUAAUUGGCUAUGACUGUCCAUCAGCACUAGCUCCCUUAGAGGUCGUCAUAGGUCAUGAAACCGAGCCCUUUGCUCAAAGAACUGCACUAGGCUGGAGCAUUAUAGGAACAGUUAACCCUCUCUUAGAUAGACAGGGAAGACAGAGUUUUGUUCAUCGAAUCGCUGUGAAAGAGAUACCUGUGCCAGCUGCUGCUGAUGUGCUGAAGAUCUUAGAAGCAGAUUUCAAUGAGAGGAGUUAUGAGGAAAAGUAUGCAUCCCAAGAGGACAUCAGUUUCAUACAACUCUUAAGCGACAAAAUAAGACAGAAGGAGAACGGACAUUAUGAGAUGCCACUUCCCUUCAAAGGCAAUGGUCUACCUUCACUUCCUAACAAUAAAAGGCUAGCCACUGUUCGGCUGCAACACCUGAAGAAAAGGUUAAAGUCUAACAGACAGUAUUAUGACCACUACUUGACCUUCAUGGAUGAAAUAAUCGAAAGGGGUGAUGCAGAGCUAGCACCUCCAGCAUCUGAAGGAGACACUGUUUGGUACAUCCCACAUCAUGGAGUGUACCACCCAAGGAAGCCAGAUAAGUUAAGAGUAGUCUUUGAUUGCUCAGCUAAGUUCUGUGGAAUCUCUUUAAACGACACCCUACUGACAGGUCCAGACCUUAUCAACUCACUCGUGGGAGUCCUGUGUCGCUUUAGAAGGGAAGCAGUAGCUGUGACAUGUGACAUUGAAAGGAUGUUCCACCAGUUCUAUGUCUCUCCUGAAGGUCGCAAUUACUUGAGAUUUCUCUGGUGGAAAGACGGACAGUUGGAAACUGAACCUCAAGAGUAUAGGAUGACAGUCCACCUUUUUGGUGCUGCAUCUUCCCCAGGGUGUGCCAACUUUGGCCUUAAGUAUUUAGCGCAACAGCACAAGGCUAACUACCCUUUAGCCUCAGAGUUUGUAGAAAAAAACUUCUACGUGGAUGAUGGAUUAAUCAGUGUCCCAACAGUGCAGGAAGCUAAAGAUCUGAUUCUCCAGACACAACAAUUGUGCAAGGUUGCAGGCCUACAUCUGCAUAAGUUCAAUUCAAAUCAAAUUGACGUCCUCUCUUGCGUAGCCCCCUCGGAAAGGGCAGUAGCCACCAAUUCCCUUAAUCUCCAACUAGAUGUGAUACCAGACAGACACGUGCUUGGCAUUCAGUGGUUAAUAGAAAAUGACACCUUCACUUUCAACCUAAAUACAAAGGACCAUCCUUCAACUCGCCGUGGCCUCCUAGCGGUUAUAGCCUCUCUGUUCGACCCACUUGGUUUUGUGGCUCCUUUUACUUUAAUGGGAAAACGCAUACUACAGGAGCUAUGUCGUAGAGGCAUUGAAUGGGACGAUCCAAUUCCUGAGUGCAUGCGCUCACGGUGGGAGCAGUGGAAAAAUGGACUCCAAGGAUUAAAGGAAAUAGCUAUACCAAGGUGUUAUCAUCCUCAUAACUUUGGUAACAUUGUUAGAGUGGAAUUGCACCACUUUUCAGAUGCUAGUAUUGUAGGAUAUGGCUCAUGUUCCUACUUAAGUUAUAAAAAUGACAAGGACGAGAUUCAUUGUUGUCUUGUUAUGGCUAAGGCACGGGUUGCACCUUUAAAAAUCAUAAGCAUCCCAAGAUUAGAGCUGUCAGCUGCAGUUACCUCAGCCAAGAUGAGUGUUAUGCUGAAGGCAGAGCUAGAGAUUAAAAUUGAUGAAGAAUUCUUUUGGACUGACUCUCAGGUCGUGCUGGCUUACAUCAACAAUGAAGCACGGAGAUUCAAUGUGUUUGUGGCAAACCGUGUUCAACUAAUAAGAGAGUGUACAGACCCAAGUCAAUGGCAUUAUGUUGACACAGCACAAAACCCAGCUGACCAUGCCUCGAGAGGUCUUGAGGCAGGAGAGAUCUCUUCAGUUAGUUGGUUAUCAGGGCCCAAGUUUCUAUGGGAACAAGAGGCGCUCUCACCACCUAAGCCCUCUACCGAGCUGCUGGUUGGAGAUCCCAAGGUUAAGUCAAUUCGAGUAUUUGUAAGUCAGGUCAGUGCGGUUGAAGAUAUUAUAAGCCGCUUGAGUCGUUUCUCCAUGUGGACAACAGUUGUCAAAGUUGUCGCAAGAAUCAAAAGACUAGGGUCCAAACUAAAACAGCACAGUGACUUUGUCACUGUCGAGGAACGCAAGGGAGCUGCUAAAGUGAUAAUUAAUCUCAUCCAGCAACAGGCCUUCUCUAAAGAACUAAAUAUUCUUAAAGGUGACCUUAAGGAGGCAACUCUUCCAAGGUCAAGCCCUCUUUUCCGCCUUGAUCCCAUUCUGAAUGAAGGACUGCUUCGUGUUGGGGGAAGAUUGAAAGGGUCAACCCUCAGUCAAGAAUUAAAGCAUCCCAUUAUUCUGCCUAAAGAUAGCCAUAUUACUAAGUUGAUUCUAUCUCACUACCAUAACCAAAUCCAUCAUCAGGGACGAACUCAAACCCUAAUGGAACUCAGAGCUAACGGAUUUUGGACCAUCGGUGGAAGCAAAUCAGUUGCUAAGCUGAUCCACAAAUGUGUGUGGUGCCGGAAAUUAAGAAGACCGGCUGAAGAGCAAAGAAUGUCUGAACUCCCUGUAGAACGCUGUGAGGCCUCAGCCCCCUUCACAUUUUGUGGAAUGGAUUGCUUCGGCCCCUUUGUUGUUAAGAAGGGUCGCAAGGAGCACAAGAGAUAUGGACUCAUCUUUACGUGCUUGUACUCUCGAGCAGUCCAUAUUGAAAUGCUUGAGGAUAUGUCCACUGAUGCUCUCAUAAAUGCUCUAAGGUGCUUUGUUAGCCUUAGAGGAGCUGUUAGCCAACUUCGCUGUGAUCAGGGUUCAAAUUUCGUGGGAGCCAAAAAUGAGCUUAAGGAAGCCCUUAAACAAUGUGAUACAAAGGCAUUGGAGACCUUUCUGGCAGAUAAGCAGUGUGAGUUUAUUUUCAACGCUCCUUCUGCAAGUCAUGCAGGUGGCAUUUGGGAGCGUCAGAUUCGGUCCAUUCGGAGUGUGUUGAAUGUUACAAUUGCACAAUGUCAAGGAAGACUGGACGAGGCCUCUCUCAGAACACUAUUUUACGAAGCGAUGGCUAUAAUAAACAGCCGUCCAUUGCAUGUCGAUGUAAUCAAUGACCCCAUGUCACUAGAACCCUUGACUCCAAAUCAUAUCAUCCUGAUGAAAUCCAAGACUGCUUUACCCCCUCCUGGAAAGUUUGUUAAAGAGGACAUGUAUGCUGCAAAAAGGUGGCGCAGAGUACAAUACUUAGUCGAACAAUUCUGGAGCCGUUGGAAGAAAGAGUACCUGCUGAAUGUUUCCGUAAGACAAAAAUGGCACACACCUCGACGAAACUUGAAGGUGGAUGACAUAGUCAUCAUCAAGGAAGACUCACUUCCUAGGAAUGAGUGGCGUCUUGGAAGAGUGGUUGAGACCACAGAAGGAAUUGAUGGUUUAGUCCGUCGUGUGAAAGUACAAGUUGCAGAGCGCAAGAUGUCAGGGAAAAAUUACCAUCAUUCCAAACCCUCAGUUAUUGAACGACCGAUUCAAAGGUUAGUUCUUUUAAUAGAAAGUGAAUAAUUGGUUAUCAACUUAAAGUAAACUUGCAUCAGACAUGUUAUUCUAAUUGCUUUACAAGGGUGAUAUCUUCCUCCUAUAUAUGAAACCUACUUUACAUAUAGCCACUUGUUAUAAAGAAGAAAUCAUGCAUGAUUAUCUGUUUGUUGUUUAUCAUAACAUGAUUUGGUGGGAGUGUAAGUGGCUUUGGGCUUUCAUUUGUUUGAACCGUUGUUCAUGUACAGCAUUUGGCAGCAUUUGUUCACGUGCAGGGUCGUGUGCGUGUGUAUGCGGAACCUGUGUUCGGGAUAAGAUUGACCGGAGGAAUUUAUUUAUGUUGCACAUGUUCACAACAUGUGCUCCUUUUUCUUGGUUAGCUGUUGGUUUUGUCUCUGCAUGUGCUCAGGGCAAUAGCAUGGAUCACAUACUUUUGUAAGUUUUUAUUUUUGCACACCGGUACUGGAUUGUCAGAGUUUAGCAGAGUUGGUAUUGUUUUGCACUCUUGGUAAAGCGGAGCGAGUUUCACGGUGUUAAACGGUGAUGACUGGUGGAUGCUUCAUGUUGAAGAGUACGACUCGUGAACUGAAGACGUGUCUCAAUAAAUGAUCUACACCCGUUUAGAGACUCUCUGUUCAUUUAUCGAUGCCAAGGGCUGCUACAAUAAUAGAUUACAGGACAGAAGCAGCAUGAAUGACUCAAAUAUUGAUGAAAUUCAAUCCUAUGUUAUGUAGCAACUGAACAGUCACCAGAGACCAGAUAUUAUGAAUGGAUGUUCAGGAUUAUUCACAAUA